AUGUUCGGAUUCGGAAAAACGUCUCCCCAGACCGAUAUCACAUAUCAGCGAAUUCAUCUCAAUGGUCUGGAUAUGCUCAAGACCGCGGGUAUUGACGACCCGAAGUCCGAGAUCCUGCAUCUGACGAAGCUGGAACCGACGAACACGGAUGAGAAAAUAGACGCCAUCGCAGAAGUGAUAGCAGACGCCCAUUUCGACACACUCUCGAAUAACGCGAUCCUGACAGCUGGCGGGUACGCGAACAAGGAAUCUCUCAAGGAAGCGCUCCUGAGUAUUGACAUCACCCACUGGAAGAACAAUUUGGAGGCUAUGUUGGCCAGAGGGGCCUUCGUAUACACAGCUCUUGACAAGCAGGAGAUUGUAGGCGUCAUUGUCCUCAUUCAGCUCGCUGAGAAGAUUCCCACAGAGAAUUUGCCAAAAGCGGGGCCGACGGGCGAGGUCCCUUUCCCUGACCCCUCUGAUCUGGAAGCGGUCAAGGUAUAUGCGCAGUCCGAAACUAAGGACAAAGAAUUCAUGCACCAGCUACGCUGCAACGUGAACAGUCUUCUGGAUCACCGCGAUGCCGGUAAAGUGUGGGAGUUAUGUGGGUUUGGAGUGAAGGAGAAAUAUCGACGCCGGGGGAUCGGCAGGGCCUUGGUCAAAUACGCCCUGUCCCAGGUUCCUGGCGGCGAUAGAGUGAUUAUCCACGCGGAGACUAGAGUGGAAGCUAUGUAUCGGCGCAUGGGGUUCAGAUAUGCACCGUCGGGGUCGGGCACCGUCUACUCUAUUACCCUCAAGCCGGAAUGGGGUGGUACCCAACGUCCUCUUGUAUUUCCCAUGAUGAUUCUUCAGAAGGAAGCGGAUAAAACAUCGAAAAGAUGA